AGCGGGACCGGCGCCCCGGCGCCGGCGCGGAGCGGGGGCCGCCGCGCUCACCAUGGUGCUGCCGCCCCCCGACAAGCGCCACGUCUGCCUGACCACCAUCGUCAUCAUGACCAGCAUGGCCUUCAUGGACGCCUACCUGGUGGAGCAGAACCAGGGCCCCCGCAAGAUCGGCGUCUGCAUCAUCGUGCUGGUGGGGGACAUCUGCUUCCUGAUCGUGCUGCGCUACGUGGCCGUGUGGGUGGGGGCCGAGGUGAAGACCGCCAAGCGGGGCUACGCCAUGAUCCUCUGGUUCCUCUACAUCUUCGUGCUGGAGAUCAAGCUCUACUUCAUCUUCCAGAACUACAAAGCGGACAAGAAGAACCUGGAGACGGUGGCCAGGAAAGCCCUGACCCUGCUGCUCUCCAUCUCCGUGCCGGGGCUCUACCUGGUGCUGGUGGCCCUGGACAGCAUGGAGUACAUCCGGACCUUCCGCAAGAAGGAGGACCUGCGGGGCCGCCUCUUCUGGGUGGCCCUGGACCUGCUGGAUAUCUUGGACAUCCAGGCCAACCUGUGGGAGCCACACAGGACCGGCCUGCCCAUCUGGGCGGAGGGGCUCAUGUUCUUCUACUGCUACAUCCUCCUCCUGAUCCUGCCUUGCGUGUCCCUCAGCGAGAUCAGCAUGCAAGGGGAGCACAUCGCCCCGCAGAAGAUGAUGCUCUACCCGGUCCUCAGCCUGGUCACCAUCAACAUCGUCACCAUCUUCAUCCGGGCCAUCAACAUGGUCUUGUUCCAGGACAGCAGGGUCUCCACCAUCUUCAUCGGCAAGAACAUCAUCGCCAUCGCCACCAAGGCCUGCACCUUCCUGGAGUACAAGCGGCAGGUGAAGGAGUUCCCCCAGAACGCCAUCGCCUUGGAGCUCCAGCAGAACUCCCUCUCCCACAACCAGACCAUCCACAGCACGCAGGGCAUGAUGCCCCACGAGCCCUCGCCCACCAGCGAGAUCCUCGACACAUGAGGGAGCGCCCCCGGCCCAGCGCCGGCGCGGGCGGCCCCGUGCCCGGGGGAGGAGGGAUGCUGCUCUCUCGCUGCCAGGGACGGACCCCGGCAGCCAGGGCUCUCGUAGGCACAAAACACCAACCACCUUUGGAUUGAGCUAUGGAGUGUCCCCUAGACGUCUUCAUCUCAGGUAUAACCCUAGGAGUCCUCCAGACAAACCAAAUGAACUUGCAAAGGACCUGACCCAGCGAAGCCUCUCCCUCCCGUCGCCUUCCCCCCUCCCGGUCAAAGCCCACCAAGGUCACGAUGUCCCUUUUUGCUCCUUGAGCACCUCACCUUUACUCCAAGCCUGGAACCAAGAUUUUGUUACUGGAGACCUUUUUAUGGAGUGGGGAUCAGGGGCAUAGGUGUAU